GUUUGCGCCUUUUUUGUUAUUUUUAAACGGACGGAGACAUGAACGGGAGCACGAACCCGCUGCUGGACAAAGAGGAGCAUGUUUUGAAGCUCGGAGAAAGCUUCGAGAAGAGGCCCAAAUCCUCCUUCCACACAAUCCGAUAUGACUUCAAACCCGCGUCCAUCGACACGAGCUGCGAGGGCGAGCUGCAGGUCGGCAAAGGAGACGAGGUCACCAUCACCUUACCUCACAUUCCGGGCUCCACGCCGCCCAUGACCGUGUUCAAGGGGAACAAGCGGCCGUACCAGAAGGACUGCGUGCUCAUCAUCAACCACGACACCGGGGAGUUCGUGCUGGAGAAGCUGAGCAGCAGCAUCCAAGUCAAGAAGACCAGGGCGGAGGGCAGCAGUAAGAUCCAGGCACGGAUCGAGCAGCAGUCGGUUCGGUCCAGCCAGCCCAGCGCUCCGUUCCGGGCCCCCACCAAGCCCGGGGCCGGGGUCAAGGCCUCCCCGUCCCCCUCCAAGGACAACCCCUCCCCGUCCCCCUCCAAGGACAACCCCUCGCCAGAGCCGCAGCUCGACGACAUCAAGAGAGAGCUGCGUGCCGAGGCCGAGGUCAUCGAGCAGAUGAGCAGCAGCAGCUCGUCGGACUCGGGCAGCGCGUCGGGAAGCGCCGACGACGACAGCAGCAGCGACGGCGAGCGCGACGCCCCCCCCCCGGCCCCCCCUCCCCGACCGCCCGGCCCGACCUCCCCCGGCCGCCAGCCGGCCUUCAACGGGGCGGGCGAGCGUCCGGCGGGCGACAACCAGCUGAUGAACACGCUGAGAAACGACCUCCAGCUCAGCGAGUCGGGCAGCGACAGCGACGACGACUGA